UCUUGGUGUGUAAGGUAUUAGUAGCAUUUUAUCUUUAAUUAAAAUUAGGCAUUGUUAAGUUAAUGUAAAAAAAAUAUCAUUUUCGUUAUAAAAAUUAUCUUCUGCAUCUCAUGCUUGAAUAAAAUGGACAGUGUGAUAAAAAUUGAGAAUCCAAAUCCAAUAGAAAAAGCUGGAGUAAUUUCGAAAAUAUUUUUUGCUUGGAUUGUUAAAUUAUGUUACUCGGGUGUAAAAAGACCUUUGAAUAAAUCGGACCUGUACAAAUGUCUUCGAUCAGAUGAAUCUGAAUUAUUAACAGACACUUUAGAGAACGAAUGGAAAAGGGAGUUAGAAAAAUGCAAAUUAAAAAACAAGCAACCCAGUCUUAUGCUUGUUGUUUGCAAAAUGUUUGCGGCAUCCUAUGUUCUAUGGGGUUUGCUUGCAUUUGUAGUUGCUGGAAUAGUGAAAUCAUUUCAACCGACGAUACUGGGCUUAUUUAUACAACAAUUUUCAAAUAGCGGAGAAAAUACCUUUCAAAAUAAGCUUAUAUACGGAAGUGUUCUGGUAUUUAUAUCUCUAUUGUGUUCAUUUUGUCAAUAUCAACUUGUCUUUAAAUUCGCAAUUAUUGGUAUGAGAAUAAGGGUAGCAUGCUGCUCCUUGGUAUAUCGAAAGAUUCUUAGACUCAGUACAAAAUCGCUAAGGGAGACAGCAGCUGGUCAAGUCAUUAAUCUCUUAUCAAAUGACGUCAGUCGUUUCGACAUAAUCGUGCAGUUCCUUCAUUUUCUGUGGAUGAUGCCUAUACAGGUCGGUUUGUUGACUUAUUUGAUAUGGAGGGAAGUGGGAAUAUCGUCCAUUGCAGGGGUUAUAACCAUGCUUGUAAUGACCAUUCCGCUUCAAGGCGUUAUUACCAAAUUUGCUUCCAUAUUAAGGCUGAAAGUAGCACAAAAAACGGACAGACGGAUUAAACUGAUGGAUCAAUUGAUUGGAGGCAUCCAGGUAAUCAAAAUGUACGUUUGGGAAGAGGCUCUAGCAGAAAUCGUCAAAAAGGUUCGAGCAAGUGAAAUAAGCAGUUUGACGAAGUUCUCGUAUUUAAGAGGAAUCUUAUCCAGCAUGUCCGUCUUCAUGGAACGUUUUAUAACUUUUAUCACAAUCAUGUGCUUCACUCUUCUGGGGAACACCAUAACUGCAGAAAAAGUGUUUGCCAUUGCUUCCUUUUAUAAUGUUCUUCAGUUUACAACGGCUAUCUGUUAUCCUUUAGGACUAUUACUUCUUUCUGAGUCGAAGGUUUCAAUGAAACGAAUCCAGACGUUCUUAGAACUCGAAGAAAAGGAAAAAUCUAAAAUAAUAAGCAAAACUGACGGGGUAGUUUCUUUAAAUAAUGUUAACGCUUAUUGGAUUCCUGAUACUCCAGUUUUAUCAAAAAUUGAUGUCCAAAUUCCUGCUGGCACUCUUUGCGCCAUCGUGGGUCAAGUGGGCUCUGGAAAAAGUUCCUUGCUUCAGUUGUUGCUGGGUGAAUUGACUUCUUUUACGGGUGAUAUUGAAAUUGGAGGCAAUCUCUCCUAUUCUUCACAAGAUCCGUGGAUUUUUGAGUCUACUGUUAGAAAAAAUAUUCUUUUUGGGCAACGGUACGAUAAAGUGCGAUAUGAUCACGUUACGAGCGUAUGUGCUUUAAAAGCAGACUUCAAACAGUUUCCGUACAGCGACAAAACGGUUGUGGGAGAGAAAGGGAUAUCACUGAGCGGAGGUCAAAGGGCGAGGAUCAAUUUAGCCAGAGCCGUUUACAGGCAAGCUGACAUCUAUUUGUUGGAUGAUCCGUUAUCUGCCGUUGAUACCAAUGUGGGAAAACACCUUUUCGAGAAGUGCAUCAUUGGAUAUCUUCGAAAUAAAACAAGAAUCCUUGUUACUCACCAGUUACAGUAUCUUAAAAAAGCAGAUUUCAUAGUCGUUUUGGAUAAUGGACGUAUCGAAGCUCAAGGGACUUUUGAUGAAUUAUCAAAGAGCACUCUGAACUUUACAAAACUUUUGGCUGCAGCCGAGGACACUCAUGAAGAACAUCAUUUUGAACGGGAAUUUCUACGAUCUUCCAUCUUGAGCGUUGGAAGUGAAAGUUGGGAACAUGAGCAACGGGAAAAGAACGAAGAAGGGUUGGUACAUUUAAAAAAGUCCCCGUAUAAGUCAUAUUUAAAGCACUCUUCUAAUUUCUGUAUUAUUUUUCUCUUGCUGCUUUUGUUAAUUGUAUCUCAAGCAAUAACAAGCGGUUGUGAUUACUGGACAGCAUUCUGGACUCGACAGGAAGAAUUAAGGUCUACAUCAAUUUUAAAUAACGACGAGGAAGUUGUCAAAAAAACGUUUUCUACUGAAACUUCUCUUAUAAUAUACUCAGUUCUAAUUAUUGCAAGUAUAAUUUUGACGAGUUUAAGGUCAAUAUUUUUCUAUAAACUGGCCAUGAACGCGUCCAAAAGGUUACAUGGAACUAUGUUCAGCGCCCUUCUCAAAGCUCCAAUGAGAUUCUUUGAUGUGAAUCCAUUAGGACGAAUCCUUAACAGGUUUUCUAAAGACAUGGGGAUAAUCGAUGAACUUUUGCCAAGGAUAAUGUUGGAUGCCUUAACUAUUUUUCCAGUUAUGGGUGGUAUCGUAGUAAACGUAACAGUUUCAAAUGUUUAUAUGCUCAUCGCUGGUUUCAUUGUGGGGGUGCUUUUCUAUUUUAGUCUUAAAUGGUACAUUGCUGUCGCUAGAGAUGUCCGACAAUUGGAAGGAAUUGCUAAAAGUCCAGUUUUUACUCACUUAAGUGCCACCUUCAGUGGCCUUGCAACAAUAAGGGCCACGCAAAACGAAAUAAUUCUUGCACAAGAAUUUGACCAACACCAAGACACUCAUACUUCUGCUUGGUUCGUAACAAUUUCUUGUAUUUCCGCCUUCGGCCUUUGGAUGGAUUUAUUGUCUGUAAUCUUCAUCGGGUGCGUCACCUUUAGCUUCAUAUUCAUAAGUCAGAAUGGAUCGACGAGUGGUAGUGCAGUUGGUCUAGCAGUUCAACAGUCAUUAAUAUUGGUUGGAAUGUUGUCUUUUGGAGUUCGACAAAUUGCUGAAUUGGUUAGUAAUAUGAUCGCUGUCGAAAGAGUUUUAGAGUAUACUGAAUUGGAAAAAGAAGAAGUGUCGAAGACAAGAAAGUCGUAUCCCAGUAUCGAAUGGCCUAGUAGAGGGGUCAUUGUAUUCAAGAAUUUAUUUUUGACUUAUGCAAGCGAUAAACCGGCUGUUUUAAAGGAUUUGAAUUUUACUGUCAACGCAGGGGAAAAGAUUGGUAUAGUGGGCAGAACAGGGGCAGGAAAGAGUUCUCUAAUUGGAGCAUUAUUUCGUUUAGCAAAACUGGACGGCAGUAUUUAUAUCGAUGGUGUUGAUACUCAGAUAAUUCCUUUAGCUGAAUUAAGAAAACGAAUUUCCAUAAUUCCGCAGGAACCGGUAUUAUUUUCAGAAUCCUUGAGGUAUAAUCUUGAUCCGUUUAACGAAUAUGAUGAUAAAAAGUUGUGGACUGUUUUGGAUGAGGUGGAACUUAAGGAUUCCAUAACAUCCCUGGAUAUGGAGGUUCAGGAUGGCGGAAACAAUUUUAGUGUUGGUCAGCGUCAACUGAUAUGUCUAGCGAGGGCGAUCUUGAGAAACAACAAAAUUUUAGUUCUUGAUGAAGCCACAGCUAACGUGGAUCCUCGAACCGAUUCUUUGAUCCAAACAACGAUUCGGAAUAAGUUCAGGAGCUGCACCGUUUUAACAAUAGCACAUCGUCUCAAUACAGUCAUAGACUCUGAUAAAAUACUAGUAAUGGAUGGUGGAGCUCUAGCAGAAUACGAUCAUCCCCAUGUUCUUUUGAAAAACCCCAAAGGAUUCUUUUACCGAUUGAUAUCGCAAAUGGGUCCCGUAAUGGAACAGCAAUUACACGAAGCGGCUAGAAAAUGCUACGAGGAAAAGUUUGGCAGUUUGAGCAUGGACUGUGUAGUAGAAAUAACUAGGUCAAAUUCAUUUGAAAAAGCAAACAUUUUUUCGAAAAUGUUUUUCUGGUGGAUGUUAAAAUUUUGUUUCAAAGGGAUAAAAAGACAAUUAGAAAUUAAAGAUUUAUUCAAAUGCACUUUGGCUAAUGAAUCGGAAAAGCUUGCAGAUAGGCUGGAAAAAAAGUGGAAUGAAGAAUUAAGAAAAGCGAAAAGCAAAUCAAAGGAACCUAGUUUAAUGUUGGCCAUUAUUAAGGCGUUUAUUCCCCUUUAUAUUUCUUGUGGGAUUUGGUCAUUUGUCGUAACUGCUAUCACAAGGUCACUGUUGCCGUUAGUGCUAAGUUUAUAUCUCAAGCAGUUUUCUUCCCUUAAUAAAAAUACCAUUAAUGAAAAAUGGAUAUACGGUGGAAUUAUUUUGCUAAUUUCUACAUUUAACGCUUUCGUACUUUAUCAAGUUUCAUUCGUUGCAACGCAAAUGGGGAUGAGAGUCAGAAUUGCAUGUUCCUCCUUAAUUUAUCGAAAGUUGUUACGAUUGAGUCUAGAGUCGUUGAAUGAAACUACCCCUGGCAAAGUGGUGAAUCUUCUUUCAAACGACGUCAUGCGUUUUGAUAUGUUGCUUCUGGUGUUACAUUAUUUAUGGAUUAUGCCAGUGCAUGUGAUUUUGUUGACAUUUCUUAUUUGGCGAGAAGUAGGGAUAGCAGCGUUUAUAGGAAUUAUUACAAUGUUGCUUAUAACAGGGCCUAUGCAAUAUGUUGCAGUAACAGUUUCGACAAAAGUUCGUAGAAGUGCAGCUCAGAAAACAGACACUAGGAUCAACCUGAUGGGACAAUUGGUCGCAGGUAUUCAAGUAAUCAAAAUGUUCGUUUGGGAAGACGCCCUUGCGGAAGUGGUUAGAAAAGUUCGUGCUGACGAAAUAUCCAGUUUAACUAAAAUUGUCUAUCUCAAAUCAAUAUUGUCUGUAGCGUCGGUGUUCACGGAACGCUUUGCCACUUUUAUAACUAUAAUUUCGUUCGCACUGCUUGGAAAUGUUAUUACAACAGCUACUGUGUUUUCAGUUGCGUCAUUUUACAGCGUAUUGCAGCUUACGAUUGCUGUGAAUCAUCCCCUAGCAGUUCUCUUAACUUGCGACGCUAAAGUUUCAGCAAAACGUUUGCAACAAUUUCUUCUAUUAAAGGAGAGGGAAGAAUGCAAAGUUAUAAUAAAAAAUGACGGCGCAAUUUCACUACGAAACGUUGAUGUCUUUUGGAAAUCCAUAAUUCCUUCUUUAACAAACAUAACUAUGAAUAUUCCUAACGGAUCGCUUUGUGCAAUUGUGGGACCUGUGGGCUCUGGUAAAAGUACCUUACUUCAGCUGCUCCUUGGAGAAAUUACCUCUUAUAAAGGGUUAGUGCAAGUCGGCGGAACAGUAUCCUAUUCAUCUCAGGAAGCGUGGAUAUUCGGGGCGACUGUUAGAAAAAACGUUCUUUUCGGUCAGCAGUACGAUAAAACACGGUACGAUCGAGUAGUCCGAAUAUGUUCCUUGAAGGCGGAUCUUGAACAAUUUCCGUACAGCGAUAAAACAAUUGUUGGCGAAAAAGGGAUAUUGUUAAGUGGAGGACAAAAAGCUAGAAUAAACUUGGCCAGAGCUGUGUACAGAAAAGCCGACAUUUAUUUACUUGAUGACCCAUUGUCGGCGGUGGACGCGCAUGUAGGCAAACAUAUGUUUGAAGAAUGCAUUUUGAAAUAUUUAAAACAUAAGACUAGGAUCCUGGUCACGCAUCAGUUACAAUAUCUUAAAAGAGCAGACCAAAUAGUAGUUUUAGACAAUUUGGGCCAAAUAGAAGCCUGCGGAACAUUCGAUGAACUAUCUAAAAGUUCGCUGUAUUUUACAAAUUUCUUAUCGUCACCUGAAGAAGUAGAUGAGAGAACACACUUUGAACGUGGUGUAACUAGAGAUUCCCUCAAGAGCAUCGGUAGUGAGAAAUGGGAAGAUGAUCAAUUAACGCAAAAUGCAGAAAAUGGAAGUGAUUUCAAAAAAUCUCCGCACUGGCUGUACGUCAAAUAUUCUAGUAACGCAUUUGGAUUGAUAUUUCUGUUUGUUUCGUUUAUUGUAAGCCAGGUUUUUAUAAGUGGAUGUGAUUAUUGGACUUUCCGAUGGACAAAGCUGGAAGAGCGGCAAUUUCUAAGAAACUCGACGAAUUCAUACGGAUUGCCCCAUGAAUUUUUAUCAACCAAAACGUGUAUGAUAAUUUAUGCAAUCUUGAUAAUCGGGUGCUUCCUGACAGUCUCACACAGGUCUUUCCUAUUCAGUAAAUUCGCUAUGAAUUCUUCAACUCGCCUGCAUGCUAAUAUGUUCGAUGCAAUACUUCGAGUACCCCUGCACUUUUUUGACGUGAAUCCUAUGGGCAGAAUUCUCAAUAGAUUUUCUAAAGAUAUCGGAAUAGUUGAUGAUGUCAUUCCCAGGCUAAUGCUAGAUGCUAUUUCCGGAAUUCUUCUGAUAGUUGGUAUAUUGGUAAAUGUAACCGUUUCAAAUAAGUUUAUGACACUCGCUGCUAUUAUGUUGGGAAUAAUAUUCGUUCUCUUGUUAAUGGGAUAUACAAAGAUUUCAAGAGAUCUAAGGCAUUUGGAAGGCAUUGCAAAGAGCCAUGUAUUUUCGCAUUUGAAUGCAACUAUAAACGGAUUAGUUACAAUAAGAUCAACAAGAAACGAGGCUAUUCUUGUUAACGAAUUUGAUAAGCACCAAAACAAUCAUUCGUCUGCAAAUUUUUUAAUACUAGCAUCUACCACUUCGUUCGGCUUGUGGUUAGAGUUGAUGUCGUUGUUUCUCGUUUACAGUGUCGUUAUUAGUUGUACGUUAAUAAGCGAAAAAGGUACCAUGACAGGCAGUGCAGUCGGACUAUCUACUCAACAAUGCCUACUUCUAAUCGGCACUUUAUCAUACGGGAUGCGUCAAUUGGCUGAGACAUUGAGCUGUAUGACGUCAGUCGAAAGAAUUGCCGAAUAUAUUGGUUUAGAGAAGGAACAAUGUUCUACUGAAAAUAAAAGUUUACCAGAAAUUGAAUGGCCAAGCAGAGGAGCCAUAGUUUUUAGAAACGUACACAUGAGGUAUUUCGAUAAUACGCCAGAAGUUUUAAACAAUUUAAACUUUACAAUUGAAGCCAAUGAAAAGGUUGGUGUAGUUGGUCGCACUGGUGCUGGUAAAAGUUCUCUUAUUCGUGUCCUGUAUCUCUUAACAAAACUCGAAGGCAAUGUUUACAUAGACGGGAUAGACACUCAAACUGUUCCCUUAAACGAAUUAAGAAAACGGAUUACCGUCAUCCCUCAAGAACCCGUGCUCUUCGGUGGAUCUUUAAGAUAUAACCUAGACCCAUUUAACGAAUUUGACGAUAAAAGAUUAUGGAACGCUUUGGAUGUGGUAGAACUUAAGGAAUCUGUAGCAUCGUUAGACAUGGAAGUUCAAAUAGGCGGGAGUAACUUCAGUGUUGGACAAAGGCAACUGAUCUGUCUCGCAAGGGCCAUUUUAAGAAACAACAAGAUUUUGGUACUAGAUGAAGCGACAGCUAAUGUAGAUCCAAAGACAGAUUCGUUGAUUCAAGAAACGAUUCGAAAAAUGUUCAAAAAUUGCACUGUGAUUACUAUUGCCCAUCGUCUAAAUACCGUCAUGGAUUCUGACAAGAUACUUGUAAUGGAUUCGGGACAUUUGGUCGAAUUCGAUCAUCCCUAUAAGCUACUGCAGAAUAAAAGAGGUGUUCUGUAUAAGUUGGUUUCGCAAACUGGUUCAAGCAUGGAGGCACAAUUUCAUUCAAUUGCAGAAGGGACUUACUACAAAGAAGAUGACGAAAAUGAACUUUUAGUAACUAGAUUGUAGUUUUAUUACUAAAAGUGCAAAUA